UUCAGCUACGGUGACGAAGACCUGGCCCCCAACACCGCCAACAUCCAGAUGACCUUCCUGCGCCUCCUGUCCACCGAGGGCUCCCAGAACGUCACCUACCACUGCAAGAACAGCGUGGCCUACAUGGACGAGGACGCGGGCAACCUGAAGAAAGCCCUGCUCAUCCAGGGCUCCAACGACGUGGAGAUCCGCGCCGAGGGCAACAGCAGGUUCACCUACAGCGUCCUGGAGGACGGAUGCACGAAACACACCGGCAAGUGGGGCAAGACGGUCAUCGAGUACCGGUCGCAGAAGACCUCGCGCCUGCCCAUCGUGGACAUUGCACCUAUGGACAUUGGUGGAGCCGAGCAGGAGUUUGGCGUAGACAUUGGCCCAGUCUGCUUCUUGUAAAAAACAAACAAACAAACAAAAAAAAACCACGAGAAAAGGAUUGUUUCACUUGUGCGUUCGUUCGUCGGUUGCCAUUCGUUGUGGUGUUUUGUU